GGCUAAGACGAAUUGGACGCAUUUUCCGGUUUCGCGAGUCCGGAACGGAGACAAACGUGAAUUGCCUACUUUCCGGCGCUUAAGCGGAAAAACGAAACAGUGACACCCAUUUCGUAGGUAAUUGUGCCCGGUUGAAACUUGGAGGCAAACAAGAAGAAUUGCCAGGUGAAAACGGUGAAAGAGUGAAAAAUGUUUGCAUUUGCUGUAGUUAGUUGUCCUGUUGAAAGGCUGAUGUCGCUUGGUUUGGCGGUGUGUCGCGUAUUGCUUGCAUAAAUAGCAGCGUAUACGUUAUUUAUUAUGAGCUGCACCGGAAAAUUGAGCCCUUCGAUGCGACACACGUGUGCUGGCUCAGGCUCAGGCUCAGCCCAGCCAGAUAUGUCCUCACCACACGACAAAACGUGGGUCAUGAAGGCUUUCUACCAUUCGUUUCCGCCUGUCAGCUCGUUCUUUGCUCCAAACAAUAAAAACAAAAAGAACAGAAACGAUCAAGGGUGGAUUUAAAAUGUAUAUUAAUUAAAAAUGAUUGUUUGUGGUGCAAUUCCGCGGUUGACUAUUGGACACCGAUGGAGAUAUACGAACGAACGAACGUGUACCAGGCAACUGGAAUCAACUGCCACAUGUGAAUCGACAGCAGAAAUAUCCUGCUCAAUACAUAUCGAAUUUGUGAGUGAGGUGUAUUAAAUUAUUACAAAAAAGUGUUUAGGUAAUGUGGUAGUGAAAUAAGUGAGACCAACUUUCUAUGAUUCCAGCCAAAAACAAUUUCCGACUAAUAGUGAUACACGUACAAAUGAAAACAAAACAUCCAAGUGCAAUGGGAACAAAUGGUUAAACAGAAAAUCUCCAUCUUUUGCUGCAAUUGUUCCGACACUCCAGCGAAUCAGCACAAUAAUAGGUUCCGUGCUAGCUUAAACCGAAUUAUUCAUGAAGAUCUCCCCCGAGUGAAUCCUGAACUGAAAACGUGUGGGCAAACAAAACAGUCGUCAGUUAAUCCCGAGCACAAUCCUACAAUGAAUCGUCAUCAUAAACCGUAAUGAAACAAACACUCGUAUUCGGGACGACCGACGUUUUCCGGCACCGUGCUUUCUUUUCCGUUUUUUUUUAUUUCACCAGUCCAAAGAAGGUCACUCGCGAAAGGCCGAAUAAUGCCGAAUUAUCUCAAACUUUCGGUACCCGGCGUCCCGAAAAACGUUGCUCGACAUUAAUGAAAUGGUGAUUUAAUAGGCAUUAAUUAUGCAUUCGUCACCGGUGGUGAUCUUCAGCGACAUGCUACCGGGUGCGGUGGUUUGGCUGUUGCUGCUGCUACUGACAGCAUUAUCGGCGGAUGCUGAAGGAGCGUUGCCCAAAACGGCUCUCGAUCCCCUGGAGAUAUCGUAUCUGGUACUUAGUCAGCCGACUCUGUACCACUCCCAGCGUGCCAACAAGCUAAGGAGCAGCAUCCUGAAACAGCAGUCUGACAUUGCAAAAGUGAACGAACAGCAGAGCGCCAUCACCACCGGAAGUCAACCUCCGAAUGUGCACCUUUCGCAUGAGCUGUUCGAGGACCACGAGGGCUCCUGGGCCAUCACACCGAUCCUGAGAAGGCUGCGGGCCAACAUCCUCCGGACGACAUCGGUUCAAACCCGCUGGCUCAUCAUCUGCGAGGAAAAUAGCCACGUAAACGUUAGCCUAUUAGUGCACCAUUUGGCCAAAGAGGAUUAUCGUCAGGACCUCUUUCUCGGAUAUCCGCUGUACGACCGCGAGGCUACCAUUAUUCAUCACUUUGCAUUUUUCAAAAAUCCAUCAAGCUUCCUUUAUCCGUAUCUGCGGGCGGGAAUCGCCCUUUCCAUUCCGCUGGUGGAUCACCUGUGCCGGCUUCUGUCGGCAGCCGGAACUAAGCUGACCGAAUUCUUCAUCGAUGCUGGCCACGAGUUUGCCCUGCUGGUUUGGAAUGGCGGCACCGGUCAGCCGCUAUCUUCCCGGUCCUACUUUUGCGCCCAUCGACGUCCCAGCCAGGGAUGCGCCAUCAUGGUCGGAGCCGCCCUAAUGGAACCAGGUCGACCAACGAAGGAAGAAUUCGAAACUGCGAGUAGCUGUAGCAUCGGUCCCAGGACAAAAUCAAAAAGUAACAGAUCGAUCCGUCCCUUUGGUCAGGAUAACAUAAUAUUCGCUGUUAAAACCUGCGAAAAGUUUCACGAGGACCGGGUACUGGUACUUUUGAACACCUGGGCCAAAUACGUUCAGCACCUCCGACUGUACAGCGAUAUUAGUGAUGUCAGCAUUCCGACUGUGGGGAUUCCAAUACCGAACACAAGUGCUGGACACUGUGCGAAAACAUUGGAAAUCCUUCGGCUCAUUGGAGAGGAAAUUUCACAGAACGCCAGCUUGUCAGACGUCAAAUGGAUCAUGCUGGUGGAUGACGAUACAAUUUUGAGUCCUUCGGCUUUGCUUCGAUACCUGGGCAACUUUAACCCCAAUCAGGAUCUAUACAUCGGCGAACGGUACGGUUACCAUUUGGUCUCUAGGGAGGACUAUUUGGACCCGGACUACGAAAGCGGUCGACACCAACAUCAUCAUCAUCAUCAGGGCUACAACUACAUCACCGGUGGUGGCGGAAUAAUCAUUAGUGUGAAAAUACUUGACGCAUUGCUGCGGUGGUGCGAAUGUCCUUCCGCAUCCUCACCGGACGACAUGAUCCUGGCGGCUUGUCUAUUCCAGCUGGGUGUUCGGCCGAUUCAUUCGCCACUGUUCCAUCAGGCCCGGCCCUCCGAUUACGCACCGGAAGUUCUGGCGGCAGACCGGCCGGCCAUCGUCUCCUUCCACAAGCACUGGCAGAUCGAUCCCUAUCAGGUCUACAACAGGUGGUUCCGAGCAAACGACGAGCAGUGGUGGAAUCGUCAACAAACGGGCUGCCACUUUUCGCCAUCCCUCGGUCCCAACGGAGGCGGUCACGAUGAUCCAUCGAAUGAGCCCAAUCCGCCGAAGAGGACCGACGAACGUGACGAAGCAACGAAGGGCCAGACCGAAGUAAACCUCGUCGGGAAACCGCUGCUCCAACAGCCGAAACAUAUCAGUUGUAACGAUAACGACAGCACAGGGGAGCAGAAUAAUCACGUGCUGCUGCCCAAAGAUGUUAGUAGGACAACUCAACAACGUGAUGCCCCGAUGCCGAUUCGUCCCAUUCCAACAAACACCGAUGAGCAAACAGGACCAGGACUAACGUCGUCGUCAGCAGCUAAAAGGCAAACGGAUGAAUCGGAAGCCACCGAGGACUAUGAUGAUAGCAAUGGAUUGGCUUUAGCUUUGGAAACGGAGCCAACCGAUGAUACGACGACGACGACGGAUGAUGAUACGACGACGGUGUCUGCCACAAGGAGCGUGAUGGCAAAUGAUUGCCAUCGUUACCAGCAGCAGCGGUGCCGUCGUAUUGAUCACGGUGAUCAUCGAACGGAGCAGCAGAAAUCCGAACAUAUCAGCAAACAUUAUUUCUGUGAAAAUAAUGAGCUCCAAUCAAACAACAACUUGCUGCCGAUGUUGAUGCUGACUCAGCCCCAGCAUCACCACCCUCGGCAAAAUCCCCCGAACCAACUUCAUCCGCAUCAACAGGAACCGAACAUAAUCAAACCAGCAGCGGAACUGUAGCUAGAAGGUAGCUAGCUAGCGAGCUGGAAGGAAAAGGGAAACAUUUCCCCGCAUUUUCCUUCCUACAUACACGACAUCGUGUUUUCAGUUAUUAUGGGGGAUGGUAGUUUUCCUCAUCGUUUAUUAAUAACCGAUAAGCUUUUUCAAUAAAAAUUGAAGACAGU